ACCAAUUUAGAACUAUGGAGCUCUGAGCUCUGGAUGUGUCUCAAACGAAAUUAAAAUAAAAACAUAAAAUAAAAUCAUUUACCAGCACGUACCGCCAAGACUUCUCGAACGAGUGCAACGUACUAAUUUUUCCCCUGCCCCACUUGACCUCCGCUGCAGCCUUCGUUCGAUUUGCAUUGUUUUCGUCUCCCACGCACUACUGCGAGGUGUUGUUGUGUUGUUGUUUUAGGCUGAGCUGAAGUAGUGCAAGGACAAGUGACAAAGUCCUGGAAAAGGCGCAACAAUUUCCCCGCGCAACAAGGUGUCGCAGGGGUUGGAGGAAAAUCGAUAGAGGAGAGGAAAAUCGGAGAACAAGUGCAUACGCGAGUUUGUUGUACGUGGUUCGUUUGGUUCCAGCUGCCAAACAAAAGAGAUCGGCAAUAAAGCUGUGUGCAAGCUAGGGGAUUAUGGAUAACGCAGGCGAUGACAGUGAUGGCGAUGUAGUCACCGAUUUUCUUAACUCAAACUGCAGCGAUCCUAAUACUUCCCCCUCUUCGGCUGUAAACGGUGUCCAGCGGGUGACCGUUGAGAGCCAGAACUACUGCAUACCCGUCAUAAACGCUCCUGUUCCAGCUCCAGUCGAGUCGGCUUCAGCUCCUGUUCCCGCUUCAGUGAUCACUCCUGCACCUCAGCAAAACAACAUCAACAACAACAUGAUACCCACCAUUAAUGUGACACCACACAGUCCGGCUCUCGCCUCCAAAUACAACAACAUAUUUGAAGACACACUUAGUCAGCUGCAGAGCAUCCGCGAGACUGUUGUCCAAAUGAAAAACUCCUCCACUUCCAGCCACCCCAUGCAAGAUGGUCUGGGAAACCACAACAUGCUUAACGCCGCCCUUCUCAGCUCCUCGUUACCAGAUCUAACAGGUGCAGGUACGGGCUCGGGAGCACACGGUCCUCAUUCUUCACAAUAUGCAAUGUGGACAUCGAAUGCGCCGCAGCAGUGUCUACUGCUGCACACCGAUCGCCGGAAGUCGUGGACAGCGGUGGAUGACGGCGGCGGCGACUGCACCAACAAAAGCGUCAGUCUAUCCAGCCUGGACAGCGAGGAGCAGGAGACGAUCCGAGUCACCGAACAGCGGCGGAGGUCGGCAAGAAAUAGCACCGGAGGCAUUUCCACUCACUCGCUAAACGAGGCAGAGUUGGCGCGGGAUUUCGAGCGCAUUGCAGCUAAGAGGAGUCUGGCCACGGAGAUAAUUAGCCGAAUACCCCUGCAGAAGAGCAUCUCCACCAGCUCGAUCAUCGCCAAGGAGGACAUUAAGGCGAUCGCCCGCCACCUGACGGACAGCGAAGAUGAGAACCAGAGUCUGUUGCGCUCUCACGCCUCCCACAAGAUCGAAGUCUACGACAACGCAGAGAAGCGCCCCAAGCGCGGCUCCCUCUUCUUCCGCAAAAAGAAGCCCAAGACAAAGUCAAAGUCCUUAGUCGGGGGUCAGCUGAGUGCCUGCGACGUGUGCGGAGCAAACAUCACACUGGCCCAGAUCAAGGAGCAUCACCUGGAGUGCAAGGUUCGAAAGAUGGCCUCCGGUCAGGACUUUUACGAUGGUCCCGACGCUGGCGCCUUCAGCAAUCCAGAGGAUCAGCCGCUCAUCCGAUCCGAUCUUCAAUUUCUCAAUGAGCCGCCUAUUGAGGCCCAGGAUCUUGGCGCCGACCCGUCCCUUGGUAUCGUCCUCAAGGAGCACGACUCCUGGACUCCCGGCGUGCCAAAGGAGCUGCUCAAAUCACUCAAAGAGCUGCAGAUCAAACGGCAGGAGCACAUCUACGAAUUCAUCAUGACCGAAAAGCACCACUGCCAAACGCUGAUUGUCAUGCAGAAGGUGUUUGUCGAGAGUCUAGAACGGCACUUUCCGUCCCUCAACCUGAACAGUAUGUUCCCGAGGCUGCAGCAGCUCACCGAUCUGCACACGUGCUUUCUACGUCAACUGCGCGUCAAGCAGCGCGAGCAGCCGAUGGUGGACAGCAUUGCGGACAUUCUGUUGGACUUCUUCUCCCUCGAGCAGGCCCAGUGCCUGAGGCUGGCCUACGGUGAGUUCUGUGCAAAUCAUCGCAGUGCGCUGGAGCAGUUUAAGUUGUGUCUAACUGAGCAGAACUUUGCCGAGUGGUACAAACACUGUCUUCAGAAUCCGCUUCUAAAAAAAAAAGGCAUCCCGGAGUGCAUUCUGUUUGUGACGCAGCGACUCACCAAGUACCCCCUAUUAAUUGAACCCCUUCUGAAGAGCGCUCGGGAUAACAAGUUGGAGACUGACAAACUGCAGCACGCUUUGAACUUGGUUAAAUCUCUCCUAGUGGAUGUGGAUGCUUGCGUGGCGGAGAAGGAGUUGCGUGAACGGCAGUUGGAGAUUUACGGGCGUGUUGACCCAAAAUCCUUUGCUAUAUACAAGAACAAACCCUUCCGUAAAACGGAACUCGGCGUGGAAUCGAGGCGACGACUGAAAUUUGAUGGCUUGGCUACUUUGAUGCAGGGCCGGGCCAAGACGCAGCUGGUCCUCGUGGUGGUACUUACCGAUUGCCUAUGCUUUCUUAGUGAAAACUCUGGGCACAACAAAUAUUCGUUUUUCACUCCGGAACACAAGGCCGGAGUGGUGCCGCUUCAAAAAUUGCUCAUUCGCGAAAAGGCUGGCACCGAAUCCCGAGGCAUAUACAUCAUUAGCUCCAAUCCGGACUUUCCUGAGAUGUACGAGCUGAAGGUGCAAACUCCAAAAGACAAAAACACAUGGAUCCAGACCAUCCGACAAGCUGUACUCGAUUGUCCGGCCACGGACAUCAUUGAGGCGGAAGAUCUCACAGCAGAAGAAAAGCUGAGAAUCGGGGUCAACAGGCGUGAAACCAUCGAGAAGAUGCGACAGAAGGAUAUCGAGCAGGCGUUGCUGCUCGAGGAGAAGCUUAUGCUGCAGCUGAACCUGCUCAAGGAGCAGCAACCCUUCGGGGAUGUGUGUGGCACCGCCAAUGGUGGUAGUGCAGCGAGCUUUUUGGCCGCCUUCGGUUCUUAUAAGGAUCUUGUUACAGCUGAUUGCGAUACAAACGAGCUUUGGCGACGAGUCCUUAAUACAGUGCAGGACAUAAGCCAACUGGCAUCAACCAUUUACUCGGCGGUAACGGGUCAGCCAGUGCCCCGGACACUAAGCACCGUAAGCGAGAAGCAAAGUGAGCAGUUCGCAUCGCCCACUCUACCGAAACGGGCGGAGACCUUUGCGGGGUUCGACGAAAAGCGGGGCAAACUCGGUGCUAAGCUAGUGCUUACACCUCGACUACAGGAGCUUGAGGAGAAGCGCGAGACAAAGCAGCCGGAGCAGCCCCUGGAGAAUAACUAUGCAGUGCUGCAGGUGUCGCACCAUCUGCAGACGUUGCUUUGCAUCAUCUCGCAGCAGAUGACCAGCAUCCACAGUCUCCAGUUGCAGCUAGCUCUCUAUAGGGAGAGUCCCCGGUCAAGCGCAUACACACACAAGGAUCAGUUGGAGGAGCUGCGCAAUCUGCAGGACAAGUUGCAGGAGGAGAAGACAGCGUGGCAGCGCCAGCAAAAGCAGCAGCAGGACGAGAUUAACGAGUUGCGGGCUCAGCAGUUGAAACUGCAGCAACAGAUCAAGGCCGAGCAAGAGGAUGUGCGCCAGCAACGCGAGCAACUCUACCGGAAAAUGGAGUUGCUCUCAAGCCAAGGCUUGCUUCUUUCGCCCAGCACUCCCCUACCCCCGGUCAACACCAAUCAUUCUCAGCAUCCUGUCCAACUGGCUCCGAUUGCCUCCCUAGAAGAUGGCCACGAACUCGACAAUAGCACCUCAGGAUCAGGCAGCACAACGCCAAGCGUGACCGGAACGGUCGAACGUGGGAAAGACAAGUGGUUGAGUGGCCCUUCCAGUUGCAAGACUCCGCCAGUGAAUUUACUCAGCGCCAACAAUGCGCCAAAGGCUAAUGCAACUCUAGUUAAGCAGAAGAUCCCCAUGAAGCUUUCCUCGCUGUCCUCCGCUGGCAGCUCCAGCUCUCGGGUGGACAAAUCCGCCAGCUUUAACAGCGCCUCGCCGUCUGUGUCUUCGGGCAGUGUGCAGCAAAUGUUCCCCCUCAAAUUGGCGGACAGGAGAACUGUUACAUCCGCAAAUAGUGCAACGACUCCAUCGGGCAUAGUCCCGCAACAUUCGCGUACGGGCAGCUCCCCGGCGAUUAUCCAGCAGACAACGACAGCGGCCACGCCCACUACGAGUGCAGUAACUCGGACGGAGUCGGCCGUUCAUUAUAUGCAACGGACACCGACGAGUAGUCGGACGGGAAUCGCCCGAUCGGCCGGCAUUGGAGUAGGCGGCGGUGGGACAGCCCCGCGGGCCAAGGCCGAAGAGGAGGAGAUUUACUUUUGACGCCAAUUCACGCCAGAAGUCGAAAUCUAAGAACUGCAUGUUUCCGAGCUAAACUGAAAACUGAUUUCGUGAUUUAAUCUCAAAUAACAUAUUGAACUGGUGUCAAUUGCAACUCAAGCAAUAAGCUUCCAAUAUCAAAAACUGCUUCAAGAUUCGUUUUCCUGACUGCAUUUUGUGAGUUUUAUUUUGCAAAAAUUGAUGUUCAGUUGCUUAAUUAUGAACCUAUAAUUAUUCCACUCCAAAAACGAAUCCAACCUGUCCAUUCCAGACCGAACAUCGCAUAUAUUUAGUUUAAGAAUUACAUAUUUACUGUACUUAAUGGUAUUUUUCGCCGACUCGCUACCAAUCCAAUGCAUCUCAAACUGUUCAGUAACUCCCUAGGUAACCUAUUUAUUAACUUUUAUUUAUAUAUAUAUAUUUUUAAACGAAAUUCGACGACUACAUAGCUAUUGAAACCAAUUAUAUGUGUGGGUGUUUCCUAACAAAUUCUACUUCUUCCAUUACAGAAAACGUAUUUAAUGUUAUAAAUUUCAAACAAAACCAAAUAAAAUGUAAAAAAAUU